GUAUCGAUGUGUCUAGUGUCUAAAUCAACAAGCGAGUUAGCGACAUUUUGUAAUAUUUCGUGUAUUGAUUGCAGUGCCAGUUAGAUUUAAUUUUAAUACAGAAUAGAUUAUUGGUUUGAUAUUUACCUUUGUGAUUAUGUUUAAUAAGACUGUUUACCACCUCUGUAAUUAGAAGGCGUGUACGUGAGCAGUUUAUUGUGUUUAUCAUUGGUUUUCAGCCAUGGCAGUGCCCGACCAGUUUUCACUUCGGUGGAAUGACUUCCACGCAAAUCUCGCACUGUCGUUUCAAGCGUUGUUGGAUGGUGAGGAUCUAGUUGAUGUGACGUUGGCGGCUGAUGGCCAGUAUGUUCAUGCACACAAGUUAAUUUUGUCAGUCUGCAGUCCUUACUUCAAGGAAUUGUUUAAGAUGAAUCCAUGUGAACAUCCUAUAGUCAUUCUUAAGGAUGUGUCCUAUCAUGAACUAAAGCAGCUUCUCCAGUUUAUGUACAAAGGAGAGGUACAUGUUCGUCAGCAAGAGUUGUCUGCUUUCCUUCAUACAGCUGAACUUUUGCAAAUUAAGGGCCUCACAAGUGGCAGAGAGAAAAGUGAGUCACCUCCGCCAGCCUCUGAAGAUUCCUUCACACCAAGAUCACAGAUCAAUGAAGCAACUAGUGACAGCUUGCCUGAGUGGGUACAACCAGAAGAAACAUCAAGUAUGGAAAUACCCCCUGAAGUACCAGCCUUGAUUCCAAAGGAAGAAGCUGCCAGAAGCCCUCUAAAACGAUUAAUGAAAAAUACACAAAACAGAACGAGCAACAAUAACAAAAAGAAGCCUAGGCCUUCGGCCAACAACAGUCCUUCUCAUCCCGAAAACAGCGAGUUUGUUCCUGAAGGAGCCUACAGUGAUGUAUCUGGUGAACCCUUGAUUGACUUCGACAGCGAUAUGUUUCAUAAUAUCUUGGUUGUACCAGACUCUGCUAAAGAAACAGGUUGGAACUGCAAAACUGGCGGUGUUAAAUGUCCGUCGUGUCAUCGGUUCUUUGCCAAUCGUUACAAUCUUAAAGUUCACAUACGAGACAAACAUGAUACUAGAGAGGGGACAUUGCAAUGUGAAAUUUGCCAGAAACGUAUGCGAAACCCGUCAUGUUUACGCGUACAUAUGUAUCAUCACCGCAAGCAGGCCGCGUAUCUUGCGCAACUUAGCGCUCAGGGAGAUCAAAUGGGCGUCCAUAACAUGGUUGAGAAUAAGUGGCGUCCUGAAAAUUUGAAUGACUAUCGGGAAAUGGAAAAAUUUACGGCAACUGCAACGGCGCCCGAGGCCAAUCAGUUCCCGCAGGCUGCUGAUGUUGGGCAGCAAGCCGCUGAGCCGCUGAUGAAAACUGAACCAAAACUAGAGACCGCAUGAUUAAGGGUGAGACCGGAUGACGACCUUAUUGACCCGAUCGAACUGGCACGCCGAUUUACUCAACAAUGCUGGUGGAAGAAUAUGGUCUUCUGUUUCAAACCGGACUAGUAUGCUUUUUUUAAACAUAUUUCUAUUUAUUUGCAACAUUUUGGUUAACAUUUCUGCGGCCACAAAUAAUUUUAAAUUGUGCUUGUGGCGUUUAGUUCGGUAGUACCAGCUUCGAAUAUUCAGACCUUACCAAGGGUACUGUUGAGUAUGUAUAUAUUAUUUCCAAUAUACAUUCCACCAUAUACAUUCCAAAGACUGAUUGAACAAAAAUAAUUUUAUAGAUUUUUUUAUAGUUUACAUCGGUUUUAUUUUAACGCAGGAUAUAUUUGUUAGUGACUUACUUAGUUUUAACACGUUUUAAAGUACCAAUUAUUGUCAUAAGUUAACUCCUGUACGACAAAUUUUAAUUUAAUAUUUUCCAUUUAAAUAUAUAAGAAUCAAUUGGUUCUUUUUAAUACUAAGCGGCUGUACAAUUCUAAGUACAAUGGGAACAAGGCAGCUACAAUCCGAAUUAGGUUAAUAAUAAUUGCCAUUAAUACAGUGUACAAAAUUGUUAUUAUUGGAAUUUCAAAAUAAUAGGUAAGACCACAAUAAACAUAACCUCACAGUACAAAAUGUGUAAAAUAUUCAUUUUUAAUGCUUUACUUAGUUUAAGUUCUAUAGGUUUAAGUUCACAAUAAUCUUGGAACUGAGUCAGUCUACUGAAAUUAUUUUAGUACAAGAUUCGAAAUUUCAUAUUAAUAUAACAAUCUUUUGUACCUCAUCUUUUAUCUUGUAUAUUUUGCUGUUUACCGUCUAACUUUAAUUGUAAGAGGAAUUUUACGUGAAUCAUGGGUGACGGCAUCGUUUUGGUUGCUGUAUGUUAUGAUUUCUUAUUUAGAACAAGUAACAAGAACAGAUAGAUAAAACAUUCGAGCUAAAAUGAUGCAUAUGUUCUAUGAACAUGAAACUCGCCGAAUUAAAAUAGCGAUUUUUAUGUAAAUAACGGUUUUGAAAUACACCCAUGUUGUAAAACAGUAAAUAGGAUUACUGAAAAUUUAUACAUUCCAUAUGACUUUCGAAAAAUGCCAUUUUAGUUGAGUUGUGACACAGGUAAAGUUGUCAAUGGUUUCCUGUCUACUUUACCGCGUUUAGCUUUAAUUUCUAAAAGACUCAUCCCAUCGUAAUCAAGUCGAAAAUGUAAAAUCUAGACUAAGAUCGAAUAGAGGUGGCCAGUUAGAAAGCGAUAGCUAUACGAUGUGGAUUUUUGUCAUGCCGUCCCUUUCUCACCUCAAAUAAUUUUAAUUUUACGAAUUUUUGCCUUCGUACGGCACCGGAGCUCAACGGCGUUGGGACUGUUUAAAAAAACGGAAGGCGAAGAUAGUUUUAAAUUUGUACUUGACACAAAUGGUUUUUAUUUAUCAAAAUUUUAUAUAUUUUAAAGGUUUGGGUAUUUCUAACCAGUAGUUUUAAGGGGGUAUAUUAACUAACAAAUUGAUCAAGGAAAAAAAAUAUAUACAUUCCAUUAGUUUUAAGAUCUGUAAUCAACCUGAGUUAGAGUAAGUUUAACAUUUAUAAUAAGUGCUCGUUGAGUAAGUCUUCGUAUUGUAAUUAAUUGAGAUUAAAACCAACAUUCCAUAGUUUGUUAGCUGUAUUGAUUUAGCAUUUAUACAUUGUUUUUUUUUACCAAAUUUUUUAUAUACCAAUGCUCUUUAUUUUGUAAUGUAGACUGCAUAUACAAAUAUCGAACCACACCACUUUUUUGUCAAAAGGUGUGCUGUCAAAAUUCGGUAAUUUGGCAAGUUUUGACAAGAUAACGUUGGCUAAGACUACCUUGCCCAAUACUUGAUUGUGAAAUUAAUUUAUGAAUCACAUUUUAAGUACUUAAAACAACAUUAAUCAAUUGAAAGCGAAUACCCGGCAGUGUUAUGAUAAUAGAAUAAAAAUUGCAUUCUUUAAGAUUUAAUUAAUCUGGGGAUAAAUUGAAAUUAAAGUGUGCUUCAUAGAUAUAAUGCGGUAACCAUAUAUUUUCUUUAAUAUAUUAAGGGUCUGUUUCACAAUGUCCGGAUAAGUUCCAAAUAGGCUAUUUAUUACUUAUUGGUAGGAUAAACACUACUGUUGCGUUUCACGGCUGUCUGGCAGCGCGAAAUUUCUUUGGAUCUUUUAUCUUAUAAAUAAUGUAUGUGUUGCAUAGCUAUUUGGUACUUUAUCCAUACAUUGUGAAACAGGCCCUAAGAAUUUUUAAUUCAUUUAUGUCUCAAUAUUAACUGAGAAAGUGUUUUUAGUUUUAAAGGAAUUAACAAAAACUGGUUGCUGCAUAUUUCGAGAAUACUCAAUCGUCUGAAUUUAAUUCACAACAUAUUUUGUUAUGCUGUCUCUGGCCUCCACAAAGUACAAAAUAGUGUGCCAAUUAAAGCCAAUUAUAUACUUUUGUCUUAUUGAUUAAAAAUAUCAUCACAAAAUAUUAGAGGUGAAAUGAAAAGCUGGAGUCGGCAAAUUUAACCAAAUAUAAAUGUUUACUGUAAAAUGGAUCCUUUCUCUUCAUUGUAUUGGGAGGAAAUGGACCGUUAAUAAGUCACUUCAUUUUAAGUGAGACGCAUUUUAAGCAAUCUAGAAUUCCAAUGAAAAGGUUGCAUUUUUUUGCUUUUUGAUACUAUUAUUGUUUUCUAUUUAUUUAUAUUCUUCCAAAAUUAACAUAAUAAAUUAUUAUUUUUAUGUUUUAUUUCAUCAGGCUUUGCAGAUACAAUAUCUGCACUGGUUUUCAAGUUUAUUUUUUUAUUAUUGAAAUUCUACGCUUGUUCAACUUAGAAAUGCGUCACACUUUUACGACAUUACUUGGUAGAAUUAAUAUUAAUAUUUAACGGAAUAUAAUAUAGUGCUCAAAUAUAACUUGUAAUUUAACUGGUCUAUAACCAUGACAUAAUUUUAAUCUCAUAGCGUGUAAGUACUUUGUAGUGUGUCUUGGUUACGAAGUAACUCGUUCGAUGUUGACGAAAAUUUGUUUGCGAGAGAGUCCAUAUUACGUAAAAAGUACUUUGACAAAUCGUGUGACGAGAAGGUGGAAAAAAUGAUUGCACAAAGUGUAUUUUUUUUAAUAGAAUUUUGAUUUCUAGUAUUUCAAAAUAGCCAUUAAAUUGACAUACCCAGAUGACAUGAGCUUGGAUUCAAUUCACAAUACAAUGCUUAAUACAUCGCUUGGAAUCACAAAACAUAUUUUCGUCAAGACGAUUAUAUCUAUCAAUUUACCUGUCGCCAUAAUUAUAUUUCUUAAGUUUUAUAUUUUUAUAGUCUUUAUAUAUCGUUUAGGACAUGCUGUAAUUGAUUUCAUCAGGGUAAUAUUCAAUAAUUCAGGCCCAAUUUUCAUCGCAUUUAUAUUGGCGGUAGAGUUAACGUAUUUUUUUUUAAUUAUACAAGAUUUUUUAAACACAGCUAAAUAGAUUUAAUGGCAACCGCUGCGUGCAUUAGAUUAGACCUUUGAUGUUGAUAAAAUCGGUAUUUGAGUGCUUAACUUGUAGAACGCACUUUGUCAUUGGCCAGUAUUCUCCGAAGUUGUGCGAAAAUGAGCUUUAUAUUGAUUACGUCCGAGGAGAUCGAAUCUCUUUAAAUUAAAGGCUGCUGUUGUCAAUGUAAGGAGCGGUAUCUGAUACUAGUAAUAUGAGUUUAUUAGCAUUUACAUACGAGCUUUAAGAAAAGUGAGAAAGGAGGGUAGACCAAGAAAAUUAAAACUCUAAACGUUUGUCUUACAAAUAAAAGUACUGG